UCUUUCUGCAGCACGUUUCCCAAAAACGUAAUCUGGCAUUCGUACCCAAUCAAAGAUGGACACCCUCAUUUUAUAGCGCCACCUCGGAGUUUCGAUGGCUGAUUUCCGAGUUACAGAUCGAAACCGGAAGUAGUAAGAUCGAUUCUCUCUGCAAUGGAUUGGUGCAUCCUGAAGCUUCUGGUCCAGAGCGGCGAGGGGAGGAAAAGCAAAGAUGGCGGCUGCGAUGAAAGCGCGGAAAGGGCCGAGCGGUUAAACAAGGAGAAAACGGAGAACUUGGGGCUGCCUGACCGUGUAAUGGGAGCGGGAUAAGGCGGGAUGUGCGAGAGCUACUCACGCUCGCUGUUGCGGGUGUCGGUGGCGCAAAUCUGCCAAGCUCUGGGAUGGGAUUCUGUACAGGUUACCGCCUGCGACCUGCUCACCGAUGUGCUGCAAAGAUAUCUGCAGCAACUGUGCCGUGGAGCUCACCGCUAUUCCGAACUGUAUGGACGUACAGAUCCAGUUUUGGACGACGUUGGUCAAGCCUUCAAGCUGAUGGGAGUAAAUAUUCAUGAACUAGAAGACUAUAUACACAAUAUAGAACCAGUGACUUUCCCUCAUCAGAUCCCUUCCUUCCCUGUCAGUAAGAAUAAUGCACUUCAGUUCCCUCCUCCUGGAAGCAAGGAUGCAGAAGACAGAAAAGAAUACAUCCCUGAUUACUUACCUCUUAUCAUCUCUGCACAGGAAGAGGAAGAAGAAGAGCAGGUGCCCACAGAUGGAGGAACAUCAGCAGAAGCUAUGCAGGUUCCCCUUGAUGAAGAAGGAGAAGAAGGAGAAGGAGAGAUGGAAGAUGAAGAGACUGUCAAUGAUGAAAAUUAUUUAAGUAAAAGGCCACUUGAUAGUCCAGAAACUAUGGAAAUGCCUUUUGCAAAACGAGCAAGAUUAAUGAAUAAUAAAGGUGAUAUUUUAGAUGGCUCUUUAGAACCUCGAGAACCACUUAGUUCAAUAAACUCUCAGAAAGUCCCAUCUGUGCUUUCCCCUGCUCAUAAACUAGACAGUCAAGACCUAGAUGUCUCUUCUUCUGACCAAAUAAUGUUAAGUCCUGUUUCAAAAUCCCAGGCUCCUCCACCCAAACCCAGUGAAUCAAAGUCUUUGAUUUCAAAAACUAAAUCAAAAGGUGGUUCUCCAGGACAAAAAAUAAAGUCUCCAAAAGCAACCCCUAUUUCAUCUGUUCUUGGCAGUCCAAUACGUUCACCAAAAAGUGGACCAAAAGAGAGAAAAUCUCCUGGACGUGCCAAAAGCCCCAAGAGUCCUAAGAGUCCAAAAGUUCCUUUGUCUACUCCACCACCUGCUUUAAAAAUAGAAAUUCCAAAUCGGACUCCAUUAGCUACUUUAAGUGAAAAAAUUGUCAGAGAGAAUAUACAGAUAAAGCAAAAUCAAACACCACUUGAUUCUGACAAGUUAAAUGUGGAAAUCCCCUCAAAGAAACCAUCAAUAGCUGAUAAUACCAUUGAAGAUUCAAUUGAUGCAGUAAUUGCUCGUGCUUGUGCAGAGCAAGAACCUGAUCCUUUUGAAUUUUCAUCAGGCUCAGAAUCUGAGGGUGAAGUUUUUACUAGCCCUAAAAGACUUACUAUUUCAGAGCCCACCACACCUAAGCUUUCGGCAUCUGGCAUCAAUCUUGGGAAAACAUCAAGUACUCCAAUACCUGCUUCUGUGGGGACUUCUAGCUCUGACAUUUCAUGGACAAUGGAUGACUCUAUCAACGAAGUGAUUAGAAAGGUCAGCCAAGAAACCCCAACAAAUACACCUGCCAAUAAUCCUCCAUGUUUCUCCUCGCCUUCUGCUUCACCCCCUACUCCAGAACCACUUUUAAAGACUUAUGAAGACAAGGCUAAAUUGCCAUCUCCUAUUGAACCAAAAAAAAAGACAAAAAAAGAACAGAGAGCGAAAAAGAAGAAAGACAAGGACAAGCUAAAGGAUAAAGACAAAGAAAGGAGUAAAGACAAAAACAAAGAUAAAACUAAGGACAAGGAAAAAGAUAAAGAAAAGGAUGGUAGCAAAGAUGGAAAAGUUUUAUGGAAGGACUCCAUUAAAGAUGAGGAUUCUGAGCUGCACAGAUUUAAACUUAAAGAAUUUAAUGAAAUUGACUCUAAAUCCAAGCAGAAAGAAAACUGUGGAAAGAAAGACAAAGAGAAACAUAAGGAUAAAAAGAAAGAUAAGGAAAAGGGGAAGAAGGAUAAAGACAAGAAAGAAAAAGGAAAGGAUAAGACCAAGGAAGAAAAAAUUAAAUCUCCAUCUACACCUAUUAUGUUAUCAUCUAAGGACAUUGCAUUGCCCAUGAUAAGUACUCCAAAUGCAGUCAGACUGCCGUCAUUGCUGCCCACUUUGUCCCCUCUUCUUCCGGAGAAAUUAUUUGAAGAGAAGGAAAAGCCCAAAGAGAAGGACAAAAAGAAAGACAAGAAGGAAAAAAAGAAGAAGAAAGACAAAGAGAAAGUGAAGGAAAAAGAAAAGGAGAAGAAAGAAAAGGAAAAAGAGAAGGAUAAGAAGGAAAAAGAAAAACAUAAGCAUGAGAAGCAGGUCAAAGCAGAAUUGUCUAUUCCUGCUGCUUCUCCUGUAAUCCCCAGACUAACUCUGAGAGUGGGUGCCGGACAAGACACAAUUGUUAUCAGCAAAGUCGUAUCUGCUCCAGAGUCUAAAGCAGCCCCUCCACCAUCGUUGCCCAAAUCUCCACCUCCAACACCUUCUCCAGCUCCAGCACCUAUUCUUGUUGUCCCCCCUCAAGCUCCACCAGCUCCAGCAGCUGCAUCACCAGCUCCAACUCCAGCCCCUUCUGCACUCACUUCAAAUGCUGGUUCCUCUAAAACCCCUGUCCGAAGUGUUGUGACAGAAACAGUCAGUACCUAUGUGAUCCGAGAUGAGUGGGGCAACCAGAUUUGGAUCUGUCCCGGAUGUAACAAAGCAGAUGAUGGCAGCCCAAUGAUUGGUUGUGAUCUAUGUGAUGACUGGUACCACUGGCCAUGUGUUGGAAUAAAUGCAGCCCCACCAGAAGAUGAACAGUGGUUCUGUACCAAGUGUGAAAGCAAGAAGAAGGAUAAAAAGCACAAGAAAAGAAAGCACAAAGCUCACUGAUAUUUCCACUUUUACCUUCUAUGUGCUGUUUUUGCUGUCACUGCUGUGUCAGACUCAUGAGGAAUACUGAGCUUCAAUCUCUAAGAUCUUUCAAGAAUCCUGGGACUUGAUGCGCCUGAGAAACGUUCAGCUGCAGGAUGCUGCCAUGAAUAGGAAUUCCUCAUAUUGCUGUUCCCAGAACAGCUAUGUCUAUAGAGAAGAUGUAUUUUCAUCUAAAAAAAAAAACUGAAUCUGAAGCAUAUUUGAUCAGAGGAAAAUUGUGAUGUGUAGUAUAUGAUUUUAAAACUGCUUUACAAGGACUGCACCAAAAUUUGCAUUGAACCCCAUUGCUGUACCGGAUAUACCCAUAAGAAAAGCAGUUAUAAACAUGAACCCUAUACCAAUAUGUGUCAAGUACAUAUUUUUGUUAUAAGAAUAUAUAAAUCAUUUUCAUUUUUUGUGCUAAUAUAUAAAUAAAACAACUGGCUCUGGCUUUGUGAAAUAUAUAUAUAUAUUUUUUAAAAAAUGUUUCUAUUGUAUCCAUUUAUUUCAUAGCAGAUUUCACUGAUAACUGUAAAAUAUUUUAGAUUUCUUUUGGUUUUAUGUUUUUUUAACCGUAUUUGAUGUCAGAUGAUUACAUUCUCUCCGUCCUCUUUUCUUUUUUUUCUCCCCUCUUCCCCAUCGCCCCGAUAUGCAUUUCUACACCAUGCUAGCUCAGAAUAGUUGGCAUACCUUAUUUUCUAGGUCCUCCAGUGCUGGUAAGUGUACAGAAACAUGAAUCUGUUGGUAUUUCUGCUUGUUUUACUUAAUACUAAAGCAGCCUUACAUGUGUCCUGUUUCAUCUGAACAUAUGAUUUUGUAAAUAUUAAAGGUGUGUCUCAACUAU